CCGCAAAACAUGAGUCCGUCACAAAAUCCAUUGUCGUCUAUCGCGCCCGCGCCCAUGACACUGGUUGACUCAUUCUCCGCCGCAUUGGCGCAGCGGGAAGCUAAAUCAGCGCGUCGGAGACUGACUGUGCUACCGCGGACAGCCGUGGACUUCUCCUCCAAUGACUUCCUGUCUUUAUCAACGUCUUCUGCGUAUCGCGAGCGAUUUCUCGGUUUGCUCAACAACACUCCGCCAUCAUUUCCAUUCGCAAGCGGCGGUUCCCGGCUGCUGGACGGGAAUUCGGCAUACGCGGAAGAACUCGAGAAAUUUGUCGCGGAAUUCCACCAGGCUCCAACCGCCCUGCUCUUCAAUUCUGGAUACGAUGCGAAUGUCGGCGUGCUAUCUAGCAUACCGCAGCCCGGUGAUGUGAUUUUGUACGACGAACUCAUCCACGCCAGCGCGCACGAAGGAAUGCGGCUGUCGCGAGCCGGGCCUCGGAAGAUGUUUGCGCACAGCUCGGCUGCCGGGCUGAAGGAGGUUUUGCUGGCGCAAAUUGCAGAAGAUCCGGAGAUUGCAAAGGGCUCUCGCAACGUGUUUGUGGUCGUAGAGUCUAUCUAUAGUAUGGACGGCGACGUGGCUCCCAUCAAGGAGUUCAUUGCGGUCGUCGAUGAGCUUCUGCCUUGGGGAAACGGGUAUUUCUAUGUAGAUGAGGCACACGCAACUGGUGUCUUUGGGCCGAGAGGUGCGGGUGUGGUUCAAGCACUCGGAGUGCAGGAUCGAAUGUUUAUUCGGGUCCACACGUUUGGCAAGGCGCUUGCGAGUCACGGAGCAAUGGUGCUUUGUGGCCCUGAGACAAGAGACUAUCUCAUUAACUAUGCCCGGAGCUUGAUAUACACGACGGCCUUGGGCUUCCCAUUCUUGGCAUCGAUUCGUGCGACGUAUGAGCUGCUACAGACGGGGGAAACCGAGUCAUUGCAGCGCCGGCUUCAGCAGCUUAUAAGCCAUCUUCGACGUCAGCUGGAUGCUCUGCGGAGAUACGAAUCAGUCAUGUUCGAAGUUGGCCACUUUCCCACUUCCCCAAUUAUCUCACUUCGCACCUCUCAGCCGCGGCAGCUCGCCAGUGCCUGCCAAGCGAAGGGGUUCAUUGUACGUGCGAUCAUGCCUCCUACCAUACCCGAAGGCAAAGAACGAGUUCGCGUCUGUUUGCAUUCGGGAAAUACCGAGGCGGAGAUCGAUGGACUGGCGCAGACGAUUCAAUUGUGGUUGGAUCAGAGUUCUAGACAUUCCUCUAAAUUAUGA